AUGCGAGUUCCAUUCACAAUUCCAUUCUUCUCGUCUUCUCGGCCACGUCUUUAUGCUCUUCCGUUUGACAAGAAGAACUCCAGCUUCGUAACUGCCAAUUCACCUUUUGAGUAUUGCCGACGACGUUGGCCUCCUGGUCGGACAAUAUCCGGCUGCGAUGCUCCGAUGAAACUCGCCAUCAUUCUUCUCAUUAUGAUAUCCAAAACCUUUUCGUUGUGGUGCGUGGAUGGUAACGACUGCGACGCAACGUGCUCUUUUUGUGAAGGUGCUGCCUGCCUUCGUGUCCAGAGGCAACACCCGACUCGUGGCGUUACGACAGCGAUGACGUGCUUACCGCACGACUCCCUCGUUCACGCCUAUCACCCGGAAGGUUGUCGAACUGAGCUUGCCACCGGCGAAAACUCGAACCCGGCAAACUCCUCAGAACUCGUUGAACAAGACGAUCUGCCGCUCUCUUUAACAUAUGACCAAAGACGCGAAGACGACUUACUUUAG